AUGAACUUUCUCGAUCCUUACGAUAUUACUGUGCCUGCAACAAACACUCCUCCACCUGAAAGCUCAAGUCAACAAAGCUUGAAUGAAGAAGUUUCGCAGGUCAUCACCUCGCUUAAUCGGUUUUGGGGAGGUUUCAGGCAACAGGUACGACCUCGGUAUCCUUUUUCGGACUGCAUCAGCUCAAGUCAGUGGCUUCAGAGUCAGGCUGUAUUGGAGACUGCUCGUAAAGACUUUAGUGGAGUUGUAACCCAGGCUCAGAAAGAGCUCACAAAGCUCACUGGCGAAACCUCAAAUGAACCCGCAGUAAAUCGAUCUCAGACUGACGACGCUGAACCUCGAGCUUCAAUCGAAACUUUAAAACCUUCGUCCAGUUCUGCUUCUACAACGUCCUCUUCCGCGGAAGAGUCCACGGCCAGUACAAACGGUAGUAUCACUGCCUCGAACCUCUUCUCUCGUCUCCAAGUGGCUCUACCUCCGAAUGUGGUUACCACAGUGCAGAAUAACAUACCUCAAUCGUUGAAAAACACGGAUUUUUCACAGUUGAGGAUCAAUCUUACAAAUGAAUUUCAAAGAUUGCAGGGGGUUACUCGCUCCCAGGCCGAAGAAUAUGUACAGAAGAGCGAAGUGCUACUUCGAGAAGCCAUGAAAGAGGCCGGAGAUGUUUUACGGGACGCCGUAAAAGUGAUACCCCCAGAGCCGGGGUCUAGCAACGCAAGCGUUCCUGUCAUGACAUGGGAUGGAACGGAUAUGUGGAUGCUACAUUCAGAUGGCACAGAAGCCACAACAUCUUCGGAAAAGGGCAAGGAGAAGGCAACCUCGAAUUCAGUUGCCACCCGUGCAGAGGCUUUGUUAAAAUUGCUCAAACAUGACCCGGAGAUUUUGAAACACAACCCGGAGGCAGACCAGUCUAUAGGUACACUGUAUCUGAAGUGGGUCGGAGAGAGUGUAGAUAAGGUCGAGGACGGUAUGGAGAGUGAAGAGUGGCAGCGGAAGAUAAAGGCGGAACUGGAUCACGGUGACGAUGCUCAAGCUUUGCAGGCUACUUUGAAUGCAUUGGUGCCUAGUGAAAUCUCAGAGGACGUGUUCUGGAAACGAUACUUCUAUCGAAUCCAUCAAAUACGUCAGGAAGAGGAAAAGCGCAAGGUCUUGAUUCAAGGAACUAUUAACGACGAUGAAGAUUUUAGUUGGGAAGAUGAAGAGGGUGAGGAGGAAUCUGUAACGCAGAAGGAUACCACUCCUACCUCACCCAGGUCAAGAGGUGCCACCUUGACACCUCAAACAAAGGAUCCUGCUACCAGUGUCGCGUCAGAGGGUGCAACAUCACCCCAAGCCAGCACGCCUGCAAACACAAGUCCGAGGCAUAGUAGUGAAGAAAGCUACGACCUUGUCUCGUCAGGUAAUGUUAGCGCGAGCGGGGAGCGCAAGAAAGACUGUCAAGCAAAGAUGGACUCCGAUGACGGUGACAGCGACUGGGAAUGA